UUACGUCACUGUCAAAAAUCUAUUUUUAGGGAAGCGCACGCGUCUCCGGGUUUUAUUUCCACCAUUUCUCUAAUUUAUUUGUUGUUGAUUGUUUAUUAAAUUAAAUUUUCCAAUCGGUUUCGCCACAGGAUUCAGCGCGAAACAGCGGAACGACGAAAAGGCUUUUGAGACUCGCGGUUUUUGUCGAAAACAUGAAACUACGCUAAGGGAAAAACGAACGACCAUUAUUUAACCCGUAGACGAAGACAUGGGGGCUUUCCUUGAGAAACCCAAUACUGAUAAGUUCCAGGAGGUUGGAGAAGGAAAUGGACUCAGAUAUGCAGUGGCCAGUAUGCAGGGAUGGCGCGUGGAAAUGGAAGACGCACAUAGCGCCAAAUGUGCAGGACUUUGUGACGACGAGCGUCUACGAGAUUGGUCGUAUUUUGCUGUGUUUGAUGGGCAUGCGGGGGCUCGGGUCUCGGCCCAUUGCGCCGACCAUCUCCUCGACGCCAUAGUGGCUCAAGAGGAAUUCAGCGAAGACGUUAUCAAAGGAAUCAGACAAGGAUUUCUGGAGCUGGAUGACAAAAUGCGCAACCUGCCUGAAAUGUCUUCGGGCGAGGACAAAUCAGGAACAACGGCCGUGUGCGCCUUCAUCUCGCCAAAAGGCCUGUUCAUAGCAAAUUGCGGCGAUUCCAGAGCAGUGCUCUGUAGGAACGGCAGCCCUGCCUUCAGUACACAGGAUCACAAACCUGGCCUGCCCUCUGAAAUGGCUCGCAUAGUCAGAGCAGGCGGCAGCGUCAUGAUCCACAGAGUUAACGGCAGCUUGGCAGUGAGCCGCGCUUUGGGGGACUUUGAAUAUAAGAACGUGAAAGGGCGCGGACCCUGCGAGCAGCUGGUGUCUCCGGAGCCGGAAAUUUUUGUGCAGGAUCGCGAUCAUCGUCUUGACGAAUUUCUGGUUUUGGCCUGCGAUGGCGUCUGGGACGUUAUGAGCAACGAGGACCUUUGCGCGUACAUUCGCAGCCGCCUCCAGGUCACCGAAGACCUCAGAGAAGUGGCCGGACAAGUUAUUGAUACCUGUUUGUACAAGGGCAGUCGCGACAAUAUGUCCAUCGUGCUGGUCGUGUUUCCAGGCGCCCCAAGGCCCUAUCCUGAAGCUAUCCAGGCGGAACGGGACCUGGACGCCACUCUGGAAAGCCACAUUAAAGAAAUCAUUCGGGAUCAGAAACAGAUCGAGUUUGUAGAAUUAGUUUCGAAACUUGAUUCGAUGGAGAUUGAGGGCCUUCCACCGGGAGGCGGAUUAUCUUCUAAGCGAGCACUGAUUGAACAAAUGUACAAACAACUGUUACCCGAUCGAGACGACACAGACUUGGACUCGUACAACUAAGCGUAAGAAGAAUGGCCACUAUUUUUGUAAUAAAGCAUGUUUUGUAGGUCGCCAAUCGAACGGCUCAAACGAUUUUAAAGUUAAAUGGAAAGAUCAUGUAACUUUCUAUGUAAAACAUUUAGACUCAUCUCAUAUCAGUUAGGAAAGCUGCAGUUUUGCGCCCUUUACUUAAGCCAUUAUUUGCAUUACGCAUAAAGAAUCUUGCCUUCAUGGGCUUGAAAGUUUAGAGCAACCAAGUUUCAUUAAACUGAAAUUAUCGUCUUCACUGCACAUUAUGUAAAUUCUACAGAUAGUUGCGGGUUUUUAGGAUUUCAGUAGCAUUAAUAAGGAUGUACAAUAGGAUUCGUGACAAAUUAUUGUAACCCAUUUAAAUACGGCCCUCAUAGCGAAAAAUAAUGUUUUACCGAUGAAUGUUGUUACUUAAGCGUUUUUUCCUCGUUUAGCGACAAGGCCUAGCUGCUACACUAAUGUUAAGUUGAUGUUCUUGGAUUUUGAUUAAUGGGGGGAAUCUGCUCCACUAAGUCACGCGCCUUUAGUAUUGCGUUUGCGACGGGUUUGUUUCCAAUCAAGUCAAUGUGUGACAAUAAUAAUUGAUUUGAAUAUUCAAAAACAAUUUAAUAGCUUUGGAUAGACUGGCAUCAGUAACCGGCAUUAUCCACUAUCUUUAACUUAGGCGAUUUUUAGCUUCAUUAACCAGAAUUUAUACAUACCUCCCUAUUUUCUUAUACGAUUUUGUCCUGUGUACAGAAAAUAUAUUUACUAAAAUUUGAA